ACAAGCCUUGCAUUGUGCUGGACCUGCUGUCGCUUUACCUGCAGUGCCCAGGUGGAAAUUACACAGCACAAAUACAAUACAAUACAGUACCGCGAAUUACCUGUGCAGCUUUACCUGGGCCACUGCGCAGGUAGGGCGAGUCGGAGAGUGUGUGAGGCUGAGACAGAGACACACGGCGUUUCCGCUGUUGAUCCUUCAGCGAGGGAUAAAGUCCACCGGGGAUUGUGCCAGUGCGGCAGGCGACAUAAUAAGACACUUCGCUUCGGCUAGUCCGAGUCCCAGAGAGGAAUGGCGCAGGAAUCGUGAAUGAACAGACUGCACUAGUGAAGAAAACAAGGGAAAUAGGAAAGUAUCGCGUUCUGUUUACUGUUGGAUGCUUUUAAACACCAUGAGUCACGCGGGGCUCCCAAGCGGACAUGCAGAUGGACUGGCUCGCUCUGACAGCACGGCGAACAAACUCAGCGCCAAGGCUUUGUAUGAACAGAGGAAGAAGUAUUCACACUCUAAUGUCAUCAUGCAGGAGACGUCUCAGUACCACGUGGAGCAUCUGUCCACCUUCAUGAUGGACAAGAGCGAGUCCAUCACCACAGUUGACGACGCCAUUAAGAAGCUGAUCUUGCUGGACUCCAAGCAGAAGAUCUGGGCCCAGGAGAUGCUGCUGCAGGUCACUGACACAGCCAUCCGACUGCUGGACUGCGAGACACAGGAGGAGCUGGAGAACUUCCCCCUUCCCACAGUGCACCUGUGCCAGACAGUGCUGAACCAGACAAGCUACUCCUCUGUGCUGCUGCUCGUGUGCCAGGAGGACUCUGAGCAGCACAAGCCAGACAUCCACUUCUUCCACUGUGACGAGGUGGAGGCUGAGAUGGUCCACGCUGACAUCGACAGCGCGAUCGGAGACAGCAAGCACGGCAAGAAGAUGAGGCCACAGACCCUCAAGGUGAACCAGGAGAAGAUGAAGCGUCACCGCGAGUCCAUCAUCCCGCCAGGCGCCUCUCGCACGCCCCCUUGUGGCAACGUGAAGGGCCGCGCGGCCGCGCUCACGUCCAGCUCUGCCAAAGAUCUCGAGAGGAGAGGCUCCAGCACCCAGGAACACGAGGAGUCUCACAAAGUGCUGGCUCAGAGGAUUGAGAAAGAUGUGCAAAUCCUGAACUGCUCGCUCGAUGACAUCGAGAUCUUCAUGGCGCGGCUGCAGAAAGCCGCCGAGGCGUUCAGCCAGCUGAACCAGCGCAAGAGAAACAAGAAGAACAAGAAGAAGGGGCCUGCAGAGGGAAUGCUGACUCUGAGGGCAAAGCCUCCGUCUCAUGCUGAGUUCAUAGACAGUCUGCAGAAGAUCAAGCUGGCCUUCAACCUGCUGGCCAAGCUGAAGAAUCACAUUCAGAACCCCAGCGCUGCCGAGCUCGUACACUUCCUGUUCGGACCCCUGGAGCUGGUGCUGCAGAGCAGUGGGGGUCCCGAGCUGCCCCGCUCCAUCCUCAGCCCUCUGCUGUCCAAAGAUGCCGUGGACUUCCUGCGAGGACACCUGUCCCCCAAGGAGAUGAGCGUGUACGAGCUGCUGGGGGACACCUGGACUCGCUCGCGGGCGGAGUGGCCGCGGGACCAGAUCGUGCCGCACUACUAUCCCAAGUUCCGGAAUGGCUGGGAGGCGCCGCUGGAGAACUUCCGCAACGUUCCCUGGGAGCUGGACGGGGGGCAGCAGACGGCACCGAGCCCGGCUGAGUACCAGCGCCGGCAGUCUGGGGAGCAGCCGACGGCGCAGUCCUAUCCACCCUCCAACGGAAAUUACGAGGCGCCGCAGAAGAAAUACGUCAAGAUCCGGUACCGCUUCGUAGCGCGGAACGCAAACGAACUGUCAGUGAUGGAGGACGAGGUGCUGGAGGUGGUGGAGGAUAACAAGCAGUGGUGGAAGCUGCUGAACCGGAGUGGAGUGUCGGGUUACGUGCCUCACAACAUCCUGGACGUGGUGAAGCUGGAGGAACCCCAGGGGCAGCCUGAGCCCCUCUACAGCCAGCCGAACCAGCGCUACAAGGGGGACAUGAGCGCGUGGGGAGGGGGCCCCAUGAGUCCACGAGGAGGGGGUCCCAUCAGCCCGCGGGGAGGGGGUCCCAUGAGCCCAAUCAACUGCCAGCUGGGGAGACAAGAGAGCUUCGAGCUGGGAGGUCCUAUGCUCUCCCCAAGGAACAAAGAACAGCGUAUUCUCCAGAUGGAUGAGGUGAACGACGAGCUCCUCCAGAGGAUCACCACCAACAAGUCUCAGCCGCCAGCACGGAACUUCAAGGUGGAGCGCACUCAGAGCGCCCUGGUGCCACUCAACUUCGACUCGGGGGCGGGGCAAGUGAAGGCCUGGCUGGAGGCCAAGGGCUUCACCACACAGACGGUUCAGAGUCUGGGGAUCCUGACUGGUGCUCAGCUCUUCUCCCUCAAUAAGGAGGAGCUCAAGGUGGUGUGCGGAGACGAGGGCUCGCGGGUCUACAGCCAGAUCACCGUGCAGAAAGCACAGCUGGAGAAGAGCCAGGGGGACUCUGAACUUCAGGAGAUCAUGAGGAGGAGACAGGAGAAAAUCACUUCGACCAGCCAGGAAUAAGAAACACUGUCCAACUGCAGCUCGUAACCCAGAUACAAAACAACCUGGUGACUGGAUGAUAACAUCAGAUUGAAACAAACAAACACCCAGACUGAUACUGAGAGCAGCGAUGUGGUAGCAGUCCUAUUCCACCGCAGCUACUACAUCACUGCUCUCAGUAUCAAUGCGGUAGAAUAGGAGGAGUAGAGGAUGUUAUACAAAAUUAUACAAGGUGUAGAUCCAUCUGUACAACUAAUCUGACAACAUACGAUGCAUUGAUACAAUUAUAUAUAUACACACACACACACACUGGUAUGACGAUACAUACAUAUAUAGAUUAAUAUGCUAUAUAUAUAUAUAUAUAUAGUGUAUAUUUUGCUUUUGCUUGUUACGGUGCAAAUAUAGAAGAGAUACGAGUUAUUUAAUUUGCAAUUCAUUCAUUUGGCACAUUUCUGAGGUUCAGAAUAGUGAUGCUGCUGUGGUUUUUUCUUUGUGUGUGUGUGUGUGUUUUUUAUGCUUCAUGAGUAUAUUAAUAUGUUGCUGUUAUGAAAUUAUAAUAAUAAAAGACAUCCCAUAAUAUUAA